CUUCCAACACGCCCGACUGACGCCCGGGACGCAAAACAAAUUGCUUUCGAGGCUCAAGGGGAGGCAUGACCGGACGCCAUCACGCAUGCAAGAUCACGCAGGGCAACCAGUGUCAAUACCGCCUAGACUUGCGAGGAAGCAUCACCAGCAAACCCUCCAGAGCACCUCCACCCCGAGCAGCAGUGCCGGAGAUGCCGGCGAGCUCCCCACCCCCCCUCCGAUCAGCCCAAUAACCGGGAAAGCCUCCCCCUCCCUCGCGCAAUGCAUCGUUGACGCCCUCACCGCUCCAGCCGGGCCCUCGAGUUCCCCAGUUCCCGUUUCUACUACCACCGCCACCUCUGCCUCCGACCCACUCUCCAACCACCCCCUCUGGAAAGAUGAAGAUUUCAUGACCAAAACUCUAGCAAUGUUCAAUCACCAGGACAACACCAACGGCACCAGCUCACGGAAGAACGGCGCAACGACAACCCGGCCCCCCACCGCCAAACACCGCCGCGCGCUCUACGCGUUCCGCAGGAAGAUCGUCGCCGACCCUCAGGCACAUGGCUUCUCCACCGGCAGCGAGGAGCCCUCUGUUGCCCACCCCGACUCGGAUGACCGCGACUCGGAGGAGGUGCUCGAACUGCUCUUCAACGACGAGACUUCCGAGACUGGAGAUUCUCCCUCUGCGCCCGACCAAGAGCGACGGCUGAGGCCCAAAGGAAACCGCACAGUCUGGGAUGCAAACGAGGUCGCGAGCAAGAACAAACGGAGGAAGCGGCGGGGAGCGUUCGGCACGUCCUCACAGGACGGCGGGGUGAGCGAUGAGAAGGGGAAGAAGCGAAAGGAAGGAGACUGAGGUAGACGGGCGCAGGGCUCCGGGCGAUGUGAGGUCAUCUUUUACAACCCUCGACGUAUGCACGACCUUAUAAGCCUGCGAACUCCGUUUGAAGUCCUGCAACACGCGCCUUCCACUUCGCGGCGUCGACGCCGAUAUUGACUUUGCUUUCACAUGCUGAGCCAGCGACACCAACCCGCCAUCCGCUUCUGCAUGCACAGUGGUGGAUUCAUACUGGGCCAACCAGUUUGUUGCAUGUACGGUGAAGUACCACUGAUAUGUAGCCUAGAUCCCUUUGUACUGCUAGUCAAUGUUGUCUCUGCACUCCCGAUCUCAUGCAUCACUUUCGCCUAGUACGUAGCGACUUUGUCUCGUUUCUGGUGUGCAUCCAAAGCUACAAGGGAGCUUGAAUAGGCAUG